AUGUCCACUACCGCCAAUUUCAUCGUAUCUGGAGUCCUUUCCGACGGUACUCCAAUUGUAUUUGGAGCUGUUCCAUCUGAUGGAACAUCUCAUACUGCAAUUCAUCAUGUCAGUUCUUCAAACCAGUUCCAAGUCGAAUCUUGGGAUGGAGAACAUGCUGAACACGAGCAUCAUGAUCAUGAGGAGCCAAGAAGAUUCUCUAUUUAUUUGGAGGAAGGAGGAGCUGAAAAGUCUGGAUUAGCCCAAUCUGGAGAUCAAGAGGACGAGGAGGAUGAGCCAAUCGCCAGUAGUGGGCAAUUCGAGCGUACUCGUUCCGCUUCCCUUGCCGCCGCUUUGCUCGAACUCGAUCCCCGCGGAGUUCCUCUUGUUCAAUUUUUCAAACUUGCCACCAGCGAGCCGCUGCUUGAGGUCGACGAGGGAGAGGACGAAGUUGCGCCGUCGGAGGCGGAGCUAGUGCUCAGCCAGCUGCUCUUCACCCUCAGAUCGUUGAAGAUGUCUGGAGGUGACGCGAAGCAUUCGGAAGCUGUUCAACGUCUUCGUGAACUCGAAGAAGAACUUCGUGCAGCCGGAGCAGUGACUCCAGCUGAUCCAGCAGUCAGUGAAGCCGUUGCGAGAGCAUUGGCUGUCGCUGGAGCAGGAAGAGAUGUUCAAAUUCGUGUGAAUCAGUCGAAGCACACGACUACCACGAAGACAGUCUAUGAGACUGAAACUUCAGCAAUGGCUCAUAUGAAUGAGGAACAGAUUCGCAAGCUUCAGCAAGAUAUUAUUGCCGAUAUCUCAUCUGGCGCUGAGCAACACUCUGGCCAAGACUCUGGAACGACGCAAAAGAAAGAAACUGCUGAGGAAGGAUUCACAAAUGAAGAUGGAUCUGUCGUGGUAUCAAAGAAGAUGACAAGAGUUGUUACUACGACCCGUACCACUUUGCCAGGAGAAGGAGAAGAGCCAUCGGCCCCUGAUUCUCCUGUUGAAUCACUUGGAAGUGUAAAAGACCGAAUAGCCAAAUUCGAGCAGUUCAAAACUCUUCCAAUCGAUCCAUCUGUAUCUGGACCUCCUCCAUCAAUUCAUGCUCUUACUCAAGAAGAUGAAGAACCAGAGGAGCAUGCAGAGUCUACUCAGCAAUAUGCUCAUGAAGAACCAACGCAAUCGUCUGAGGGACGAGAUAGUGGUCGUUCUGGUCACACAGAGCAAUCAAUUCCAGAAGUUCAUUUCACUGAAUCAGAUACUGAAAUUGAACAUCACGAUGAUCAUCAUGAAGAGAGCCAUCUUGAACCAACUGUCGGAAUUGUGAUCACUCCACAUACUCCAAUUCCACCAGAGCAUCCAGAUGAUAGAGAGGAAAUUGAGGAUGAACAGCCACAAGAACCUCUAGAACCUUCUGAGCCAGAACAUGUUGCUCGUGCUGAAAUCAAAGAUACUCGUGAAUACAGUGAUGAAGAACUUGCUCAUGAGUUGUCUCCAUCUGAAGAACAUGUUUCAACUGCGGAAAUCAAGGACAUCAAAUCCUACUCUCCAACGUCGUCUGAUGAUGAAAGAUCUUCCCAAAAGGGAAAAGUGAGUCCACCGAUUCCCCAAGUACGCCACGUCAUCUCGCCAUCUGUUGCGAGCGAAGUUUUGAGUUCUCAUGACGACGAGUUGGCCGCCCAUUAUGUGGCUGAGUCAUUUGAAAAACACGACGAGGGGAGAGUUGAAACUAUGGAACAUCAGCCAGUCUACAGAGGACAUCACUCUCCAGGACAGACAUCUCCAAUUGUUUCGGAGCAUCCAAUUGCUCAAGAAUACGCAGAAAGUGUCACAAGUCAUGACGAAGGAGACAAUUUGAGCUUGAAGAGCGGACAUGAACCAGAAAUUGCAAGACAUUCCGUUGCAAGUGUUCAAGAAGAAGAGGAAGAAAAAUCUGGAUUAGGAGAUUUCGCAAAGAAGGCGGGAAUGAUUGUUGGAGGAGUAAUUGCUGCUCCAGUUGCACUCGCUGCUGUUGGAGCAAAGGCUGCUUAUGAUGCACUCAAGAAAGAUGAUGAUGAUGAAGAGAAAGAUCAUGAAGCCCAAGAAGUGUUGACAACUCAAACAACUAUCAUGGAAUCUCCAAUUCAACACGAAGAUGUUCCUCCUCCACAUAUGGAAGAUGUCACUCCAAAAGUUUCUCAUCAUGAACAACCUCAUGAGAUCGUAACUGAAACAAGUACCACUGUGACUCGUGAAUACUAUGAUGAACCAGAGGAUGCUGAGGUAUCUUCUGUCAAACACUCUCCAGUCCCAUCUGAAAAGGAGCAAGAGCCACAUUUGGUUUCUGAGACAACAACCACAACCACUGUUACUCGUGAAUUCUACGAUGAGCCAGAGCAAAUGCAUGAGGAAGUUCAACAAGAAUCUCAUUCUCCAGCACCAUCAUCCCAUGUCCAGUCAGAACGUCAUCAAGCAGGAUCACCUGCUUUGUCAGAACAAGAACAUCCUCAUGUGGUCGAGACAACAACUACAACAACUGUAACUCGUGAAUAUGAAGAGGAAGAACCAGAAGUUGAAGAUAGAGAAUCAGUAAAAGAACUCCCACAUGUCACAGAGACAACAACGACUACAACUGUGACAAGAGAAUAUGAUCAACCAGAGGGAGGAUUUGAUUCUGAAAGACUGUCGGAACCAGCUCAUUCACCAGAACCAGCAACUGUCGGAACGCCAGCAGACAGUGAGAAAUGGAUUCCCCACGUGGUUGAGACAACAACGCCGACUACAGUAACCCGUGAGUUCUACGAUGAGGAAGAUCCCGAACAUCGUGAAUCUUCUCCAGUUGCCCACGAUUCAAUCCAUGUCGUUGAAGAACAGAGAGAAGUGUCUCCAUCUGAAUCGCCAAUUCCAUCAGAACGAUCUGUCAGAUCGAUUCAACAACACCCGGAGUCUCCAGCUGGAGAACGACAUUCUCCAGUCCCCUCGGAACCGAUGUCGGAGAAAGAUGCUCAUGGGGUUACUAAAACUACAACAACUACUACAGUAACUCGUGAUUAUUUUGAAGAACCACAGGAUGUAUCCCAUUCACCAGCUCCAUCUUCUCAUGUUGAUUCUGAACAUCCGAUUUCUGAAUCGCCAGCUUUUUCGGAGAGAGAAGUCCCUCACGUUGUCGAGACAACGACAACAACAACUGUCACUCGUGACUACGAAGUUGCACCUGAACAUGAUCAUCCGGAAUCUUCUGAUAAGGAUAUUGCAUCACACGUGGAACCUAUUCCUUCCUCCAUUCAUGAGUUCCAUCAUGAGGAGUAUCCAAGACCAGAAUCGCCAGCUGAAGUGUAUCCAAUUCCAUCAAAUGAGGAACAAGAGCUUCAUUUGGUUUCUGAAACUACCACAAGAACCACAGUCACUCGUGAAUUUUACGAUGAGCCAGAACAUGGACAAGAACACCCAGAUGAUUCAUACUCUCCUGCUCCAUCUUCUCAUGCAGAGUCAGCACACCACGUUUCAGAAUCUCCAGUUGCAUCAGAGAAAGAACAUCCACAUGUUGUUGAAACCACCACCACAACAACAGUAACUCGAGAAUUCCACGAUGAAGAGUUUGAUCGACCGGAGUCUCCAUCUGACGUUGCUCACGAUGCUCGUUCUUCAGCUCCAGCUUCUGAAGUCGCUGAACAUCGUGAUAUGGAAUCUCCAGCUGUGUCGGAGAAGGAAGUUCCUCACGUCGUAGAAACAACAACCACUACAACAGUAACGCAGGAAGUUUAUGAUGAUGACUUCGAUAAACCAGAAUCUCGUCUGUCUGAACAAGAACACAAAGGGCUCGACUCUCCAGCCUCUGCUGCUCAUGAAUCCUAUGGAGACCAACCACAACAAAAUAUGCCGGAAUCUCCACAUGCUCAAUACUUCCAAGAAGAACAGAGAGUUUCUGAACAACAUCAACCAGAAUCGGGAGAUGAGAGUGAUGGAGAAGGUUUUGGAAGCAAGGUUCUUGGAUUUGCAAAGAAAGCAGGAAUGGUUGCUGGAGGAGUUGUUGCUGCUCCAGUUGCACUAGCUGCUGUUGGAGCAAAGGCUGCCUAUGAUGCACUCAAGAAGGAUGAUGAUGAGGAAGAAGAAGACAGAUCACAUGAAGAACCACAGGAUGUAUUACAUUCACCAGCUCCAUCUUCCCAUGGCGGUGCCGAGCAUCCAGUUCUUGAAUCGCCAGCUUUGUCGGAGAAAGAACUUCCACACGUUGUCGAGACAACCACCACCACAACUGUCACACGUGAAUUCUACGAUGAAGAGCCAGAGCAUGCUGAACUUUCACAAGAAUCUCAUUCCCCAGCUCCAUCAUCCCAUGCGGAGCCUGACCAUCACCUUGGUGGAUCUUCCGCUCUGUCAGAACAAGAACAUCCUCAUGUAAUCGAGACAAGUACUACAACAACUGUUACUCGCGAAUUUGACGAAGAGCCCGAUACAGAGCAGUUUGAGAAGAGCUAUGAAGAAAAGGAAAGAUCGCCUUCUCCAACCGAAUUACAAGAGCACUUGGUGAAAGAGUCAACCACUACAACGACCGUUACGCGAGAAUUCUAUGAUGAGCCAGAACAUGGACAAGAACACCCAGAAGACUCAUACUCUCCAGCUCCAUCUUCUCAUGCAGAAUCGGCACACCACGUCCCAGAAUCUCCAGUUGAAUCUGAGAAAGAACAUCCACAUGUUGUUGAAACCACUACCACAACAACAGUGACUCGAGAAUUCCACGAUGAAGAGUUUGAUCGACCGGAAUCUUCAUCUGACGUCGCUCACGAUGCUCGUUCCUCCGCUCCAGCUUCUGAAGUCGCUGAACAUCGUGAUAUGGAAUCUCCAGCUGUGUCGGAGAAGGAAGUGCCUCACGUCGUAGAAACAACAACCACGAAUACAACGACUCGCGAGUUCUACAAUGAAGAAGCAGAACCGGAUUUCCCACAGACUGCCAGUCAUGGAGAAUCUCUAAUUGCUUAUCAUCAAGAACAAGAUUACGAUCGUGCUGCUUCCCCAGCAAAAUCAGAAGAUGGAUCACAGAAACACUUCCCACAUGUCACAGAAACAACAACGACUACAACUGUGACAAGAGAAUUUGAUCAGGAAGAGGGAGGAUUUGAUUCUGAAAGACUGUCGGAACCAGCUCAUUCACCAGAACCAGCAACUGUCGGAACACCAACAGAAAUAACCCGUGAGUUCUACGACGAGGAAGAUCCAGAACACCGUGAAGCUUCUCCAGUUCAUUCUGAGGAACAGUUUGGAGGAGAACCACCAUUAGAGUCGACAACAUCGCUCCGAGGAUCACCAGUUCCAUCUGAAAAUGUCGAGGAGUCUCAUCUUGUCAAAGAAACUACCACUACGACAACAGUCACCCGUGAAUUCUAUGAUGAGCCUGAAUAUGAACAGGAUCAUCCAAAAGAGUCAUAUUCUCCAGCUCCUUCAUCUCACGUAGAAUCGGAACGUCAUAUACCAGAGUCACCAGUCGCUUCGGAGAAGGAAUCUCACUUCGUUGAAGAGAACGUUGAGCCCAGAUUCGAGCAAACUCAACAGAGAACAUCCCUCACUUAUGAGGAUUCUCCAGCUGCUCAAUACUUCCACGAACAGCCAGAACAUCAAACUGAAUCACCAGUUCCAACCGAAAAAGCUCCACUUCUUACUGAACAACAUCAACCAGAAUCAGGAGAUGAGAGUGACGGAGAAGGAUUCGGAAGCAAGGUUCUUGGAUUUGCGAAGAAAGCAGGAAUGGUUGCUGGAGGAGUUGUUGCUGCACCAGUUGCACUUGCUGCUGUUGGAGCAAAGGCUGCUUAUGAUGCACUCAAGAAGGAUGAUGGUGAGGAAGAAACCAGUUACUCACAAGAACACGCACAACACGCGAUUCCAACUGCCUCCGAGAAACAUCAUGUCACUGAAACUACCACAACCACUACAGUUACUCGUGAGUACUUCGAUGAACCAGAAUCACAUGAAGAACAUGGCCAGGAAUCCGUCGCAGGAAGUGAACAUUCUAUUCCACACGUUGUCGAAUCAACGACUACAACAACUGUGAAACGUGAUUACGAUGAAGAACCAAUCUCCGAGUCUCCAGUUCCUCCAGAAAAAGAAUCGACUACAGUCUCGCGUGAAGUUUUUGAGACCGCACAAGGAAAUGAACCGGAACAUCAUUACAUUGAAACGACCACGACAACAGUCCAGAAAGAAAUUUAUGAUGAACCAGAAGAGGCGGAAGACGACGGUGAACCAAAACAAGAGACUCCACACGUUGUUGAAACCACCACAACAACCAAGACAACUCGUGAAUAUGAAGAUGAUGAGGAAAUAUCAGAGAGUAGCGCUCCACAUGUCACCGAAACAACUACAACUACUACAGUAGUUCGUGAAUUCUACGGAGACCUACCCGAAGAAUCUGAGGAACCAAUUGACGAGCCGGUGUCUGCUCAAAUUGAUGAGGAAGAUGCAGUUUCUCCUGACAGUGACAGCACAACUUCUGUUAGUCGAGAAAUUCAUACAGAAGAGCCACAUGUGGUUGAAACAACUACAACCACCGUGGUCACUCGUGAAUAUCAUGAUGAACCGGAAGAAACUGAAGAGUCCGAUGUGAAAGAAACAACCACCACAACGACACUCACUCGGGAAUACUAUGAAGAUGAACCUGAGUCGCCAAUCAAAGAACAUCUAGAAGAAGAUCGUGCUAGUCCAGUUGAUAGUGAAAAAUCUGUUCCUCAGGUCAUGGAAACCACUUCCAAUACGACAGUUACUCGGCAGUUCUACGAUGAAGAAGAACCAGAGUUCAAACAGACUGAACUGCAUGGAGAAUCUCCAAUUGCACAUCAUCAAGAACAAGAUUACGAUCGUGCUGCUUCCCCAGAAAAAUCCGAAGAAGGAUCAGAGAAACACUUCCCACAUGUCACAGAGACAACAACGCCUACAACUGUGACAAGAGAAUUUGAUCAGGAAGAGGGAGGAUUUGAUUCUGAAAGACUGUCGGAACCAGCUCAUUCACCAGAACCAGAAACUGUCGGAACACCAACAGAAAGUGAGAAAUCGAUUCCCCACGUGGUUGAGACAACAACGACGACUACAGUAACCCGUGAGUUCUACGAUGAGGAAGAUCCAGAACACCGUGAAGCUUCUCCAGUUCAUUCUGAAAAACAGUUUGGAGGUGAACCACCAUUAGAGUCGACAACAUCGCUCCGAGGAUCACCAGUUCCAUCUGAAAAUGUCGAGGAGUCUCAUCUUGUCAAAGAAACUACCACUACGACAACAGUCACCCGUGAAUUCUAUGAUGAGCCUGAAUAUGAACAGGAUCAUCCAAAAGAGUCAUAUUCUCCAGCUCCUUCAUCUCACGUAGAAUCGGAACGUCAUAUACCAGAGUCACCAGUCGCUUCGGAGAAGGAAUCUCACUUCGUUGAAGAGAACGUUGAGCCCAGAUUCGAGCAAACUCAACAGAGAACAUCCCUCACUUAUGAGGAUUCUCCAGCUGCUCAAUACUUCCACGAACAGCCAGAACAUCAAACUGAAUCACCAGUUCCAACCGAAAAAGCUCCACUUCUUACUGAACAACAUCAACCAGAAUCAGGAGAUGAGAGUGACGGAGAAGGAUUCGGAAGCAAGGUUCUUGGAUUUGCGAAGAAAGCAGGAAUGGUUGCUGGAGGAGUUGUUGCUGCACCAGUUGCACUUGCUGCUGUUGGAGCAAAGGCUGCUUAUGAUGCACUCAAGAAGGAUGAUGGUGAGGAAGAAACCAGUUACUCACAAGAACACGCACAACACGCGAUUCCAACUGCCUCCGAGAAACAUCAUGUCACUGAAACUACCACAACCACUACAGUUACUCGUGAGUACUUCGAUGAACCAGAAUCACAUGAAGAACAUGGCCAGGAAUCCGUCGCAGGAAGUGAACAUUCUAUUCCACACGUUGUCGAAUCAACGACUACAACAACUGUGAAACGUGAUUACGAUGAAGAACCAAUCUCCGAGUCUCCAGUUCCUCCAGAAAAAGAAUCGACUACAGUCUCGCGUGAAGUUUUUGAGACCGCACAAGGAAAUGAACCGGAACAUCAUUACAUUGAAACGACCACGACAACAGUCCAGAAAGAAAUUUAUGAUGAACCAGAAGAGGCGGAAGACGACGGUGAACCAAAACAAGAGACUCCACACGUUGUUGAAACCACCACAACAACCAAGACAACUCGUGAAUAUGAAGAUGAUGAGGAAAUAUCAGAGAGUAGCGCUCCACAUGUCACCGAAACAACUACAACUACUACAGUAGUUCGUGAAUUCUACGGAGACCUACCCGAAGAAUCUGAGGAACCAAUUGACGAGCCGGUGUCUGCUCAAAUUGAUGAGGAAGAUGCAGUUUCUCCUGACAGUGACAGCACAACUUCUGUUAGUCGAGAAAUUCAUACAGAAGAGCCACAUGUGGUUGAAACAACUACAACCACCGUGGUCACUCGUGAAUAUCAUGAUGAACCGGAAGAAACUGAAGAGUCCGAUGUGAAAGAAACAACCACCACAACGACACUCACUCGGGAAUACUAUGAAGAUGAACCUGAGUCGCCAAUCAAAGAACAUCUAGAAGAAGAUCGUGCUAGUCCAGUUGAUAGUGAAAAAUCUGUUCCUCAGGUCAUGGAAACCACUUCCAAUACGACAGUUACUCGGCAGUUCUACGAUGAAGAAGAACCAGAGUUCAAACAGACUGAACUGCAUGGAGAAUCUCCAAUUGCACAUCAUCAAGAACAAGAUUACGAUCGUGCUGCUUCCCCAGAAAAAUCCGAAGAAGGAUCAGAGAAACACUUCCCACAUGUCACAGAGACAACAACGCCUACAACUGUGACAAGAGAAUUUGAUCAGGAAGAGGGAGGAUUUGAUUCUGAAAGACUGUCGGAACCAGCUCAUUCACCAGAACCAGAAACUGUCGGAACACCAACAGAAAGUGAGAAAUCGAUUCCCCACGUGGUUGAGACAACAACGACGACUACAGUAACCCGUGAGUUCUACGAUGAGGAAGAUCCAGAACACCGUGAAGCUUCUCCAGUUCAUUCUGAAAAACAGUUUGGAGGUGAACCACCAUUAGAGUCGACAACAUCGCUCCGAGGAUCACCAGUUCCAUCUGAAAAUGUCGAGGAAUCUCAUUUUGUCAAAGAAACCACCACUACGACCACAGUCACCCGUGAAUUCUAUGAUGAACCAGAACAUGGACAAGAGCAUCCAGAAGAGUCAUAUUCUCCAGCUCCUUCAUCUCACUUGGAAUCGGAACGUCAUAUACCAGAGUCACCGGUCGCUUCGGAGAAGGAGUCACACUUCGUUGAAGAAGACAUUGAGCCCCGAUUCGAGCAAACUCAACAGAGAACAUCAUUGACUCAAGAGGACUCUCCAGCUGCUCAAUACUUCCACGAAGAGCCAGAACAUCAAACUGAAUCACCAGUUCCAACCGAAAAGGCUCCACUUCUUACUGAACAACAUCAACCAGAAUCAGGAGAUGAGAGUGACGGAGAAGGAUUCGGAAGCAAGGUUCUUGGAUUUGCAAAGAAAGCAGGAAUGGUUGCUGGAGGAGUUGUUGCUGCACCAGUUGCACUUGCUGCUGUUGGAGCAAAGGCUGCCUAUGAUGCACUCAAAAAGGAUGAUGAUGAGGAAGAACAUCAUGCUCUUCUUGGAGAUGUCCAUGAACAACACCGCAGUGACUCUCCUGUGAGAUCCGAAGCCUAUCAUCAAUUUGAACAAUCGGCUGUACCGUCUCAGCAAGCUUACGACCAAGAAUCUCUGAAAUCUCCUGUUGACAGUGAGAAAUCAUUCCGUGUUGAGACAAUAACAACAGAAACUCGGGAACAAUUCGGCUUUGAGUCUCCAAAACAACAAAGAUCUGGAUCAGCUUCUCCAUCUCACAAAGAAGAAAUCAUGCAAUUCCAAGGUGAACACUCUUCGGAAUCAUCUGAGAAGGAACGUGAAAAAGAGUCAGAAGAUAAAAAAGAUACCCGACCAGAACUAGAACGUCAAGGAUCUUACUCUCCGGGAUAUUCUCCAAAAUCACCGAGAGGAUCUCCAGCUGAAUCGGAUGGAGAAAGCCGCCAAGCUUUGGAAACUGUUCCAUCUGCUAUUGCCGAACAGCACGUUAAGCCAGAAGAACAUCCAGCUGGAUCACCUGUUACAUCAGAAGAGGGUUCAACCAAAUUUGUAGAGACCACAACUACAACAACUGUUACUCGCGAGCAAUUCGAGUCAGAGGAUGAACCAACUGGAGAACAUGUUGUGGAAUCCGAACAAUAUCCCUCUGGAUCCCCAGUUCCAUCCGAAGAAGAUGUCCGUCGAGUUAUCGAGACAACGACGACGACAACUGUCACACGGGAAGACUAUGAUGAUGAGCAAGAGCCGCGUCAUGUUGUUGAGUCACGAGAAUAUUCCGCUUCUGAAUCACCAGUUCCAUCAGAGAAGUCUGUUGCUUAUACCAUCGAGACCACUACCACAACGACGGAAACUCGGAAACAUGUUGAGCACGAAGACGACUUCGGUUCAUCUCCGAGAGAAGUUGAACGAUCAUCCGUUCCAGUUGAAUCCUCAUCUCCAGUACCAUCGGAAGAAGAUGUUCAUGGUUACAUGAAGACGACAACAACCACAACAACAGUCACUCGUGAACACUUUGAACCAGAGUAUGAGCCAAUUGGUGGACAAGUUGUGGAAUCUGAAGAGUACGCUUCAGGAUCUCCAAUUCCAUCGGAGAAGUCAGCUGGAAAAAUUAGUGGAACACACGAACCCGAGGAAUAUCAAUACUCAACUUCUCCAGUUCAAUCAGAGAAACAAUCGGAAGAGCCGUCUAUUGCCCCAUACGAGCAACCAACCGAAUAUGGUCGUGUUGAUUCCCACGACGCCCCAGCUUCACCUGCUCCAUCCGCCGAGUCUCCAAUUCGACGAGAGUUUGACACUACUUCACCAUCAGCUACUCAAGAGUAUUCUCAGCCAGAAGGAGGAUUUGAGUCAGAACGACUAUCGGAACCAACUCAAUCUCCAGAACCACACGCCAUCCAUGAGAAGGAUCGAGAGUAUGAUGAGCCCCACUUCGAGCAAACUCAACAGAGAACAUCCCUCACUUAUGAGGAUUCUCCAGCUGCUCAAUAUUUCCACGAAGAGCCAGAACAUCAAACUGAAUCACCAGUUCCAACCGAAAAAGCUCCACUUCUCACUGAACAACAUCAGUCGGAAUCAGGAGAUGAGAGUGAAGGAGAAGGAUUCGGACGCAAGGUUCUCGGAUUCGCAAAGAAAGCAGGAAUGGUUGCUGGAGGAGUUGUUGCUGCACCAGUUGCACUUGCUGCUGUUGGAGCAAAGGCUGCCUAUGAUGCACUCAAGAAGGAUGAUGAUGAAGACGAUGAGCAAGAACAACAUGCUCUUCUUGGAGACACUCAAGAACAAUCUUCCUCUCAAGACCAACAAAAAAGAGAAGACGUUUUGGUCAGUCCAAAACGCCGAGCUUUAGUCAACCCCGUCUCAGAUGAUGAUUCUCAAUCUGAAAUCGAAGCUGAAUACACUGAACCAACUGGAUCUGACUCCGAACAAAGCCAUCGUUACACGGAAACUAUUCGAAAAACUACUGUGACUCGUGAAUAUCUUGAUGACGACGAAUCCCAACAUUCGCGCGCUGAUUCUGAACAUCUACCAGUCGAAUCUCCUUCUGAACAAGUUGUCGAGACUACUACAACAGUCAUUCGUCACUAUCAUGAUGAGCCGCAACCAGAAGUAGAAGGGGAAGAGAAGACACUUCCAGAAGAAGUAACAGUUCUUCGUGAAGUUUAUGAAGCACCAGAAGGUGAUGAACCAGAACAUCAUUACAUCGAGACAAAGACAACGACUAUUAUCACCAAAGAAGUUUAUGAACCAGAAAAAGAGGAUGCUCCAGCUUCUCCAAUUGGAUCAGAGAAAGAUGCUUCUGAGAAAGACUUCCCGAGCCGCGAUACUCGUUUUGAUGAUGACGAACCUCAUGCAGGAGACACUACCAUUACAACAGUGACUCGUGAACUUUAUGAAGAACCAGAAGGUGUUCGACCAGCGUCUGGAUCAGAAGCUGAUGAUGAAUCUCACGCUCCGAGAUAUUUGGAGACGACAACUACAACAACCGUCACCCGAGAAUAUGAAGUUUCCGAUGAGGAAACAGAAGGAGAAGAGAGUCAUCCAGCCGUUCAACAAAGAGAAGGAUCUCCAGCUCCAUCCGAAGAAUCAGUCACUCAUGUUGUUGAAAAAACCACAACAACAACAGUAACAGAAGAACGGUUUGAGCAAGAAGAACCAAGUUCUCCAGUACCUUCUGAGGAAGAUGCCCCUGAAUACGUCAAAACAACAACGACCACAACAACGGUUACUCAUGAGCGCUUCGAGCCAGAGGAUGAGCCAACUGGAGAACAUGUUGUGGAAUCUGAACAAUAUCCAUCUGGAUCUCCGGUUCCAUCAGAAGAAGACGCCCAUCGUAUUAUUGAGACAACGACCACCACAACUGUCACUCGUGAGCAUUACGAGCCAGAAGAAGAACAUGAGCCGCAUCAUGUUGUUGAAUCACAAGAACACUCUGCAGCAGGAUCGCCAGUACUAUCUGAAAAGUCUACUCCAUCUGUGACAGCAGCUGAGCAAUCAUCUGUUCAUGCCGAGCGCUCAUCUCCAGUACCAUCGGAAGAAGAUAUUCAUGGUUACAUGAAGACGACAACAACCACAACAACAGUCACUCAUGAACACUUUGAACCAGAAGACGAGCUAACUGGAGAACAUGUUGUUGAGUCAGAAGAGUAUUCACCAGCAUCUCCAAUUCCAUCUGAACAAGAAUCCAGUCGAAUUAUCGAAACAACAACAACCGCAACUGUCACUCAUGAACGUUAUGAACCAGAAGAGGAGAGACACCUUGUUGAAUCUCGAGAUUAUGACGCCGAUUCUGGACGUAAUGUAUCAGAGUCGCCGGUCGCUUCGGAGAAGGAGUCACACUUCGUUGAAGAACACAUUGAGCCCAGAUUCGAGCAAACUCAACAGAGAACAUCUGUGACUCAAGAGGAUUCUCCAGUUGCUCAAUACUUCCACGAAGAGCCAGAACAUCAAACUGAAUCACCAGUUCCAACCGAAAAAGCUCCACUUCUAACUGAACAACAUCAACCAGAAUCAGGAGAUGAGAGUGACGGAGAAGGAUUCGGAAGCAAGGUUCUUGGAUUCGCAAAGAAAGCAGGAAUGGUUGCUGGAGGAGUUGUUGCUGCACCAGUUGCACUUGCUGCUGUUGGAGCAAAGGCUGCUUAUGAUGCACUCAAGAAAGAUGAUGAUGAAGAUGAUGAGGAGGAAGAGAAACAUGCUCUUCUUGGAGAUUCGCGUGAACGCCGUGUUGAUUCUGAAACUCAAGAGCCAGGAGCUACAUUCUAUGAGCCUGAAGAAGAGGACAAAGUUAUCUCGGAAACUGCUGAAGCGUCAUCACCAAAGCAGGAAGAACCAAAGAUCGUAUUCCCAGUUGACUCACCAGCUGAACAAUAUGUGAGAGACAAGACUGUAUUUGAAUCGAUGGUUCAAGCCGAAGGCCCAUACAUCAUCGAGUCUGAAGACUAUGAGCCAUCCACUCAACAAGAGCAACGUGUCAGUUCACCAGUUCCUUCUGAUUCUGAUGAUAUUCAGACAACACCUGAACAAGAACAACAAGUUGAAGACGAGGAAGCGCAAAGACAUCAGGAAACUUCUGAGACCGAUGCCCCAUACAUCAUUGACUCAGAAGAGUAUGAGUUCAGUAACCGGGAAGAACAGAGAAUCUCAUCUCCAGUUCAUUCGGAUGAAGAAGAAAGAGAUGCUGCUCGAAAUGAUGAUGUGAUUGAGACUGAAGCUUACGGAAAUGACCAACAAGACGAUGAAGUUGAUCCAAGCAUUGUCGAGUCAGAAGAAUAUCUUGGCUCAGGACAAGGAUCUCCUAGACCAUUUGAGGAUUCCACCACAACCACUGUUCUCAGUGUUCAUCAUGAACCACCAGCAAUUCCAGAGCCAGAAGUUGACGAGGAAGAGUUGGGACAAGAUCGAUCAGUAAUUGAAUCAGGAGAGUAUUCAUCUGGAUCUCCACUUCCACCAACAACAAUUACAACUGUGGAACAUGUCGACCCAGCAGAAGAACAUGAAUACACUCCAGAAUCUCCAACUACUGUUACUACAGUCAGAAGUGAACAUUUCGAACAACAUCAAGAUCCAUCAGUAGUUGAAUCGGAAGAAUACGUCAAAUCCUCUCCAAUUGGACACGAACGUCCAGAGUCACCAUCAGGAUCUCCAACUCAUCCCGAUGACUAUGACGAUUCUCAUGUCAUUGAAUCUCAAGAGUACAGUGGUUCACCAGUUCCAUCUGAAGACUCUGUGAAGCAUGUCGUUGAGAAGACCACAACGACUACAACGACUGAAGAGCACUUCGAACCAGAAGACUCAUCUGAGGAUAUUCAAGAUUAUGUGAGGACUACCACCACAACUACUACUGUCACACGUGAGCCCGAAGGAGAAGAGCAUCUUGUCGAGUCUCACGAAUAUUCUGCAUCUGGAUCGCCAGUUCCAUCUGAGAAGUCUGUUGGACACUUUAUCGAAACCACCACUACAACUAUUGUGACUCGAGAACAUGUUGAACACGAAGAUCAUCCUUCAUCUCACACCGGCACUGAACACUUCGAACAAUCAUCCGAACAAUCUGAAUCAAAGUCACCAGUACCACCGGAAGAAGAUGUUCAUGGUUACAUGAAGACGACAACAACCACAACUACCGUCACUCGUGAACAUUUUGACUCAGAAGACGAGACAACUGGAGAACAUGUUGUCGAAUCAGAAGAGUAUGCAUCUGGAUCGCCAAUUCCAUCUGAACAAGAAUCCAGUCGUGUUAUUGAAACUAUCACAACGACUACGACUACUCGCGAGCACUUUGAACCAGAAGAAGAACAAGAUCCAUAUCACAUUGUCGAGUCUCAAGAAUAUUUCUCUUCAGGAUCUCCAGUUCCAUCAGAAAGAUCAGUCGGGCAUGUCAUUGGAACAACCAGUACGACAACUGUCACCCGUGAAUAUGUUGAACCAGAAGGACACGAGCAUUCUAUUUCUGGAAAACAGUCACCAGUUCAUUCUGAAAAGUCAGUUGAACAUGUUUCGGAGACCCGCUCAACAACUGAUGAAUCUCACAGCCGCUUCGAACCAGAAGAAGAGAAGAGAUCUUCGCCAGUUCCUUCAGAAGGAGAAGUACAUGAAUCCAUGAAGACAACAUCAGCCAUUACUUCAGAGAGCCGUUAUGAGCCUGAACACUUCCAGAAAGAAGAAGAAGGAGAUGAGAGCGAUGGAGAAGGAUUCGGAAGCAAGGUUCUUGGAUUUGCAAAGAAAGCAGGAAUGGUUGCUGGAGGAGUUGUUGCUGCACCAGUUGCACUUGCUGCUGUUGGAGCAAAGGCUGCUUAUGAUGCACUCAAGAAGGAUGAUGAUUAUGAGGAACAUGAUCAGUUCCAUGACCAAGAACAUGUUCAAUAUGACUCGGCUGAACUUCACAAACAAAUUCCAUCGAUUGAGACACACCAAGAAAAAGAUGACUCCGAAUCGGAAGGAUCCUUUGUAGAUCACGGAGAAGAGUCUCAACAUCUGCCACUCCAAUCAACUGAAGCUGCAUUCAAACUUUCAUCAGAAGAUGUAGCUGAACAAACUGCUGAAAAACUCGUAUCUGAAGUAUUCAGUCCACUCGACAGAACUUUGAUUGAGUCAGAACAAUACCGUGCUUCAAUUGAAUCUCUUAAUCGCCGUUCACCUGUUGAACCAAAGAGAAGUGUUGAAGACUUGGCAUCGGAAGCUCUCCAAAAUGUAACUAAGAUCAGCUUUGGACAUGCAGAUGAUUCAGAUGACAAACACGAGGACCACGAUGAAGAAUGGAAAGUCUAUGACCGUCACGGAGAAAUUCUUGAAGAGUUCUCGACCCAGCUGACAGAUGACGUUAUUCAAGAAGCAGAAGGAGAUGCUACAACCCAGAUUAUGAUGACUCAAGCAGAGUAUUCUCCAAGAAGAUCCAAGUUCUUGAAGCAAGAGAGUUGCCAAGAAAUCUCGAAUGAACCAGAAGUUGAUUACUAUUCAGAUCUACAAGAAAAACUCAACAUAUUGGCUGGAGAGAAGAACAAUCUGCAUGCUCUCGUUGAGGAAGAACCGUCUUCUAGUGCUUCAGAUCAACUUGAUGUGAUUCAUGAAUCUGAUCAAGAAGCGCACUUGGAGCAAGAGCAUGAAGAAGAAGCUGCUGCUCAAAAAGAACAAGAAGAGAAAGAAGAAGCAGCAGAGUACACAGCAACUCAUCUAGUAGAUGAAGUACUUCAACAAGUUGUCCAUGAAAUCAGAGAAGAGGAGGAUGAUCAGAAGACAAUGACUUCUGAUGCCUACUUGACAGCUACAGAGAAAGAUGAUCAAGAGUACGACACUUGUGUAACAUCUCAGGACGACACGUAUGAAUCCGCCCAAGGCUGGACUUCUCAAGAUUCAGAAUACACCACUGCCACAAGCCAAGCGCCAAGCCGUCUCAGCGACUCCGACGGGGAGCACACGGCGCGUGAUCGCGAUCAAGAACGCCAAGAGACGUCGACUCCACAAGCGAUUCUUUCGCCUGUGGAUUCUGACCGUCAAUUUACAGUUCAACAAGACUUUGAUAUGCCUGUUAUCCGCGCAUUUGAUCCAGAUGAUUUCAUGCAGACAACAGCUAGAUCCACACCAGAUGUUGCUCUUCAGGUAACAAUCGAGGAGGAAGAUGAGAGUGAUGACAAGCUGCCAAUCAGUCCAAGUGGGAUUCUACUCCCACCACAACAUGAUCCAGGACGUCCAAUUUCUCCAGUUCCACCAAGAAAAUCCGACGGAACAAUGAAAAAAGAAGGUGAUCAUUUCGUCUUUGUCAGAGAAGAAGAUGUCACUGAACCAACACCACCACCACAACUUUCUGAGCAAACUGCAGCAGAUGAAGCUAGAAAACAAUCAGAAGAUACCCAAAUCACAACCGAAACUGUGCCGCAAGAAGGAGAAGAAACGGAGAUGAGACGACAGGAGACCGAACGCAUCCAUAGUUUAGCCAUGGAGGCGUCGUCCGAUCUCGGAAAUAGCGAGUCUUCACGUUACUCGCGACAGCUAUCGGACCUGUCGUCGUCGGCGGAAAGUCAUGCGGACACUGUGAUUCGUGUUGAAAGUGAGAGAAGUGGAUCGAGUGAUUCACUGGAAGUUGUGAGUGUUAUCAGUGCAGGAAAGGACGCAAGAACGUCGGAGAAAUCAUUGACACCUGAAGAUCCGGAAAAGCCAUUGGACGUUGAGCAGAAACCAGAAGGAGAAGAGAAAGAAGAUCAAGAAGCAGAAGAUCUUGGAUUCGAAGUAUACGAUGCUGAUACAGAAGAACAACAACAGCAGGCACUUGAAGAACUUGAAACUGUUGAAGAAGAACCAGAAGAUUCGGAUUCAUUGAACGAAGGAGGAAACCAUUCAUCUGGACAUUCAUCCGUUGGAGUACCAGCUGACACUCUUGCUAUGAUUGGAAAAUAUCGUCAUCAAUCCAGUGACAACCUCUCUUUGACCUCUCUUCAAGAGUUUGAACGACUUGAAAGAGAAGUCGGAGCACGUGGAGAUGGAUCAUUGACAAGAUCAGAAAUUGAAUUGCUUGUUGCCGGAAGAUUGAACAAGUCCGGAGAAGGAUCAGUAAGUUCCCUCGCUGAAUUCGAACGUCUUGAGAAGGAAAUGACUGAGAAUCAAUCACCACCAGAAGACGUCAUGAUGUUGUCUGAUAUCCGUGAGGAAUCAGAAGCAGAAGACAUGAGUAUCCGUGACGAUGAUGAAGAAGAUGUCGUUGGAAGUGACACUGAAAUGAAGAGUCGACCGGUCCAAGAAGAAGAUCUCCGUGGAGUCACUCCAGUUGCUCCAUCACCAACCGACUCACUUGAACAUGCUAUUGAUCCCGUUCAAAUGCAAUAUCUUGAGACCAGCACCGAUUCUUUGGAACCAACAUUCCAAGAAAUCGAAGUAGAACAAAGGCCAGACAGUGUUGAAGAUACAUCUCUCACUGAGUAUGAAAUGGUUCCACGUAUUAUGGAGGCAAGCACGACCGACUCGUUAGAUGGAACCGCAACUAUCGAGAAGGACUCUCUGUUGGAAGGCGCCAGUCAAGGAAUCGAAUCAACUCAAUCAACACAUGGUCUCCUGUCUGGAGACACAAUGGGAACAUUGGUUACAGAUGAUGAUAGAGAUUCAUUGGAUGGUGAAGUGUCAAGCAUGCUUCAAUCAUAUCCGACCACUCUUACCACUUUCCAAACUACAGUUGUCGGACCAGAUGGCUCUCUUCAGACCAUUUCAAGACGUGUUGAGACAAGAGUAACCGAUCCAUUGGUCUCACAUGUCACAUUCACUGGAACAGAAAGCCAAGAACGUCUCGAUCAACUACCGGAUGAUGAGCAAUUCGAAACUGUGGAUACUGAAGGAAAUGUGACAAGAACUACUUUCCAUCGGGAACACGACCAGCCUCAUUCACAAUUCUAA